GCAGCAGCUGCUGCCAGCCGGCGGGCACCGGAGUCCUGCCCGCUGCCUCACGAGUAGCCACGGGCGCGAUCGGGGCCAGACGUCUCCUCCUCCAUGAUCACUUUGGGAGCCGGGGGAAGACUUUGCCCGGCCGUGAGAGCUGGUCUGCGUUUCCCAGGCGCGGCGGCGGUGGAGCAGCGGCAGCAGCCGGGUCCGAAUCGGAGUGGCCACAGCCCGGGGCGUGUGCGCCCCGCUCGGAGCGUGCUCGGGUUCCCCACGGAAUGUCCCCGGGGCGCCCGGCGCGCUGACCCCCCAGCCGCCUCCGCCUUCGGCGCCUGCUGCCUCUCUCGGGCGGGCUUGGUGUUCGGGACUGCAAGCUUCCCGGCUCCUGGGCAGUGGGGAAGCCCCCGGGGGCGGGUGACCUCAGCUGGCCACGACCCAGCCCUCCCCCGUGCGUAUCUCGCUUAAGAUGGCAGCGGAGUCAGGGGAACUAAUCGGGGCUUGCGAGUUCAUGAAAGAUCGGUUAUAUUUUGCUACUUUAAGGAAUAGACCAAAAAGCACAGUAAAUACCCACUAUUUUUCCAUCGAUGAGGAGCUGGUCUAUGAAAAUUUCUAUGCAGAUUUUGGACCUCUGAACUUGGCAAUGGUGUACAGAUACUGCUGUAAACUAAACAAGAAACUAAAAUCAUACAGUUUAUCAAGAAAGAGAAUAGUGCACUACACCUGUUUUGACCAACGGAAAAGAGCAAAUGCCGCAUUUUUGAUAGGUGCUUAUGCCGUAAUCUAUUUAAAGAAGACACCAGAAGAAGCCUACAGAGCACUCCUAUCUGGCUCAAACCCCCCCUAUCUUCCAUUCAGGGAUGCUUCCUUUGGAAAUUGCACUUACAAUCUCACCAUCCUUGACUGUUUGCAGGGAAUCAGAAAGGGAUUACAACAUGGAUUUUUUGACUUUGAGACAUUUGAUGUGGAUGAAUAUGAACAUUAUGAGCGAGUUGAAAAUGGUGACUUCAACUGGAUUGUUCCAGGAAAAUUUUUAGCAUUUAGUGGACCACAUCCCAAAAGCAAAAUUGAAAAUGGUUAUCCUCUUCACGCCCCCGAAGCCUACUUUCCUUAUUUCAAAAAGCAUAACGUGACGGCGGUCGUGAGGCUGAACAAAAAGAUCUACGAGGCGAAGCGCUUCACGGACGCCGGCUUCGAGCACUACGACCUCUUCUUCGUCGACGGCAGCACGCCCAGCGACAACAUCGUGCGGAGGUUCCUGAGUAUCUGCGAAAACUCCGAGGGGGCGAUCGCCGUCCACUGCAAAGCUGGUCUUGGAAGAACGGGGACCUUGAUAGCCUGUUAUGUCAUGAAGCACUACAGGUUUACACAUGCAGAAAUAAUUGCUUGGAUCAGAAUCUGCCGGCCCGGCUCUAUUAUAGGACCCCAGCAACAUUUCCUGGAAGAGAAACAGGCAUCACUAUGGGUCCAAGGAGACAUUUUCCGAUCCAAACUGAAAAAUAGACCAUCCAGUGAAGGAAAUAUUAAUAAAAUUCUUUCUAGCUUGGAUGAUAUGUCUAUUGGUGGAAACUUAUCUAAAAUACAAAACAUGGAGAGAUUUGGAGAGAAUAAUUUAGAAGAGGAUGAAGAUGUGGAAAUGAAAAAUAGUAUAACCCAGGGAGAUAAACUACGUGCCUUAAAAAGUCAGAGACAGCCCCGCACCUCACCAUCCUGUGCAUUUAGGUUGGAGGAUAUGAAAGGGCAUCCAAGAGCAGUGUCCCAGCCUUCCAGAUUGAGUUCUUCCCCACAAGGAUCUGCAUCUACUUUGAAGACCUCGAAAGUGGCUUUGUCCCCUUCUGCGAUGGCCAAGAGGAUAAACAGAGGCCCUGUAUCCUCAGGCGCCAGUGUAAGAAGCUUUUCCAUCAACUCCCGGCUAGCCAGUUCUCUAGGGAACUUGAAUGCUGCAGCCGACGAUCUAGAGAACAAAAAGGCCGCAUCACCCUCCAAGAUGGGUUUCAUCGCCAACCCGUUCACCAACCUCUUGAAUGGCAGCUCCCAGCCGCCUGCCAGAAAUUACCCUGAGCUCAACAACAACCAGUACAGCCGAAGUAGCAGCAGCAGCGGGAGUGCCCCAAGCAGUCAGCCGGGCCCCCACGGCGCUAAGACCACGGAGGAACACUCCACCACCCUGCGGCCCUCCUACCCCGGCCUGUCUUCCUCCUCAGCGAGAUUCCUGAGCCGAUCAAUCCCCUCCCUUCAAUCUGAAUAUGUUCAUUACUAAGGCCUUGCCACUCCGGUGAAAGCUGUUCCACUCUUACACGCAGUUUCCUCAUCUGGAUGAGCAAUGUAGAGAGAAAACAACUGCUUGCCGGAAGAAUAUCUCUGCCUUUUUACCUUAAAUUAAAGACAGCACUCAGAUAAGACCUUCAUGAGACUUGAAACCAGAAAACUCUGGUUAAUGACUACUCUAAAUGCACUGAAACUAUGUUUAUAGAGAUGUCAACUUUUUAAGACAGUUUUCAUGUUGAAUUUGGUAUUUUGGAAGGUUAUUUUUAAUGUAUUUCGGUAAUACAUUCGUUAUUACAUUUACAUGUACAGUGUUACAUUAUGUAUGUAUUGUGAACUUUAAAAGACUAUUUUGAUAAAUUUAUAAAUAUAUAAAAUUAUGUAAAAACUAGACUAUAUUUUGACUUAGAUUUUCUUGCUGUUUCCUACCAAAAAUUUGUAUUUUGAAUUUGUUUAGUGUGGUUUUAUCUCCAAUGAAUAAAUAAUUCCUCUUUAUUAAGAAAAAGUAAAGGAGAAAGUUUUUAGAAAGUGAUUUGUAUGUUUCCACUACGAAUAUGGCAGAUCAGUUCAUUCUUUUGGGAAGUCAGUCUAGCUUAAGUUUAUCCAGGUUUAUCUCUUAGCAAGAGUACAAUUGUUUGAUACAGCUUAUUGAGAUCAUUUCUUUUCCCUUUGUUUUUGUUGCUGAGCCAUUUAGUUUUGCAUCUUUGGAGGUUUAAGAAAAUUUAACAUCCAGUUGAAGAUCAAAAUUCACUGAAUGUUUUUCCUUGAAAGCAUAGUCUUUCUCUAUGAAAUGACUCAACAGUCCAAAUGUUUUUACUUCUUUCCUUCUCACAAAAGAAUUCUUAGUCAAAUUAGAAUAUUCUGAUUUUGGUACGAGGUUUUUGCCUGUAUUCACACGUGGUCUGGCAAGUUUUAAAUCAGCAAAGAGGAUUCAAAGGAUGCUGCUAAGUAGUUUUCUGUAUUAAUAAAGGAAACAAGUUUAAGACAGAUCACAAAACCCCUGGCACACAAGCUAGCAUAUCUGAAACCUAACAUGAAAAUGAAGGGACUCCUAGAUACUUCACAGUCCUUUCACGUAAGUGUAAUCUCAUAUUUAGGGUCCAGAAGCCUGUAAACUUUUGUUUCAUGGGGAGUUGGGGAGUAUUAGAUCCUCAUUAUCUUCCAUGCUGCUCAAGAACGGACUACUCAGGCAGUCCAGUGGAUUCAUAUGACGUGCUUUACUCUCAACCACUGAGUUAUUUAUCAGGUAUUUAUUAGAAGGGGGUACCUUGAGGCUGUAUACAUGCUGGAGCAAAAUAUCUUGUUUAUGUCUUACUUUUUAAAAAAAGGCAUUUGAAUGAAUGUUUGACUCAGGUUUGUUAACCUUCAAAAACUGCAGUACCAAAUAAUUGCACUAAACUGAUGAAAAAAAAGGAAUUGUAUGUUUUAGGAAUCAAAAAUUAAGUGGAAUUAAAUUGUAUACCUUUUCUAAAGUUAAAAUAGUAAAAUAUUUUGUUAUGAGUUAUUGUAAAAAAUGAUCAGUUAAUUGUAUAGGAAAAUGAUAGUAUUUUUUCAAAAUUAUCAGUGAAAAGUAAUUCAGAUGGUAUUUGAGAAGUGGGGGAAAGGGAACCAUAUAGACAGUUUUAGUUCUGUGAAUACUAAUUGUGUGCAGCUACUAAAUGAUUGUAAAAUUGACUACUGUAAAUUUUCCAUAAUUAUAUGUGUAUAUUAGUCAUAUGUAUCUACAUGGGUAUGUCUUAAAAUUAUUUAUACACAUGUACAUACAUAGACAAAUCAAGAAGAAUAUGUGUAUAAUAUAGAAAGUAUAUAGCAAAGUGAUUCUACUCCAAUAAUAAAGAUUGACAUGUAUUUUGUUAUGAAUAGUUUACCUUUGAAAAGAUAUUUUGUUCUAUUUUAAGGUGUAGAAGAAUACACUGCUAAUAAAUAAUAAAAGUUUUAUGCAAUUUA